AUGAUUUCGAUGACACCCUCCGCCUCCGCAGAGAUGCAGCUAUCGCGCCAAGUCUGCGCGCAGAGAGGAAGCAUUCACGCCCUCCCCGACGACAUCAUGCUGCUCAUUAUCGGUUUCAUUGAGGUCAAGGACAUUCUCUCGAUUCGAAAGGCCUCUAAACGAUUUUACACCAUUACCAAGCUGCGUUGGGUGUGGCACGACGCAAUGAAGCGACAUGUCAUUGACAGAGGUCUUCCUGUGCCCGCGGCCGAUGCAGAUCUGAAAGCGUUCUCCGCGGAGCAUCUCGAGGCACGCGCAGUCCAUGCUGCCCGAUUCCACGACAACUGGUGCUCAUCGAAGCCGAAAGCCACACGAAAGAUCGAGUUCCGCGCAGACCGACCGUUGCUUGACGAUUUAAAUUAUCAGAAUGGCACAUCUGUCAGCCAGAUCUUCUUCCUGCCUGGCCGCAAUGGCGAGUUCCUUGUCACGGCGGUCGGCCGCGUGAUAACAUGCUGGGAGGUGCCCUUGGAUGGCUCAGGCGCCUACCGUGUGGCGGAGUGGGUUAGCAGUAAGAAGAUCGAUCAGUUGGUCAUGAAUGAGGAUCCGAGGCACCCUGUCGUCCUCGCCUAUGUGAGCGGCGAUCCCAACCCACAAGGCGCCGUCGAGCUCUGUGCACUCUCUCUUGACACGUUCCAUGGCUGCUUCCACAUGCGGGCAAAAUUGAGGGGUCAUCGCGCAAAUAUUCUUCCUUUGCACGUCUGCCACGGAGACUAUGUGAUUUUCGGUGAUCCCCUCAUUGCUUGGUUCACCAUGUCACCGUCAGAGAUAAAGACUUUAGGCGCUUACCACAGCCCUACGGUGCAAGAGGGUGAGUCGGACGACAUACUUGCAGUGAAGGUCGUCAAUCGUUACAUGGUUGUCGUGCGUCAACGGUCAUGUGCGAUAGACUACGCGCCAUCCUGGAAUGGGAAACGCAUCACGUACAGCGCUAUGAAGAUGGCAGUCAUGGCCUUUGAUAACAUCGUGUCCGAAGCCGUCAUCGUGGUCAGAAACACUACCGUAAAGCGAGCGGACGAACCUGAGCCAGAGUGGCCUAGUGAACCCGUGACUGUCCUGGCGCGGUGCACUUACGAUGGCCUGGACACCCUACAGCAGUUCGACUUGCUCCCGCAGCGAUAUUUUCCUGUGGUAGUGACUGAAGACGAAAGCGGAAAGCCGGUGAACAUCUUCCGAUUCCCUUGUAUCUUCCCUCCACGGUUUACGAGAGUGGUCGUAACAGCUCCGUCCUGUCGAGGCCUGUACGUCACCCGCAGCGGGAAGGGCUUCUGGAUCGAGACGCGAAACGUCACUUCUCGACACUCCGUUCAUCCUGCGCGCUGCAUCGUUGGCUUUCAGGUCGCCUCGAAUCCUGAAAGCGAAGCCGUCAUGGCCGAGAUCAGAGCUGCAGGCGUAAAGCAAGGAUGCAUACCGAUAACAGAGGUCGGCAAUGGCCUGGAGAUUUGCCGCGACGCCCUGUACGCGCGGCGGUGUGAUAUGAGCGAGAUUCUCUGGAAGAAAUAUUCGCUGGCCUGUGCUGCGUUAGAGGACACGGUGGGCCGCAUCGCGAUCGGUGACAGGAUGGGCAAGGUGGAGGUUCUUGACUUCGCAUGA